GUUCACUCCUGAGGGAUAUAUCACGCUAGAGAGGUACCAUCUUCGACAUGAGUCCUUCCAGCCACGCCACAAACGAAGGACGAGCACUCCUGGAGGAUCGCGUCCAGGUGGUAGUUUUCUGGCCACUUCCCUCUUUCCUAGCUCGGGAUAUUCUCUCGCGUCCCUUUUCCAAAUGUCGGGGUCACUCUAUGACCUCCUGCUGCAGCACAACGUAUUGCCAAACAAGAGACACGAGGCUGCGGAGG